GACGAGAGUCUGGAUGACUUUGAGAUGCACCGCAUGAAGCCCACCGAGAAGACUGGAAUUGUGUUCGACUUUUCGUCUGAACGAGCCAAGCGCUGGGCGAGCGCCAUCAAUCUGCCGGAAGGCCUGUAUAAUGCCGAGGAGCAGGACCUCUUCUUCCGGCUUGCAAUGCGCGGCUUUGAACCUCUCGUGCCUCAGAUAUGGCGACAUGACUUCCCGACGCUGCCCGAAUCGCUUUAUCCUCCGCCAUCGGGGCCGUCUUUUCGACCUCUCUUUCAGGUUCGGCGGAGUUCCAAUCUCUACGCCACCAAAGCCCUCGCAAACCUCUUCAGUGUCGGCGGCCGCGUUCGAGACUGUGACAUUCUGCGCCAGCGACCUGAGAGGAUGAUCAAGGACGCCAUCAAGAAGUACUUCCGCUGGGCCUUGUUUGAUGCCGACAUCUACACUACCAAAGAUUCAAUUCCUGUGCACGCGGUUUAUGCUCAGAAGAAAGGCGAGACGACCCUUGACGCCGUGCGUCGCCUCAACCGACGCCUACGGGCCCUGACCGACAGGUACCACGAACCCUCCAUCGAGGGGUCAUCUGCGCGCAAGUUCCCCCUGCUCAUGGGAUUUAUCAUUUGCGGUCCCAUCGUCGCCAUCGUGACGCAUAGCACCGACCCCGCGGAGGCCGAGACCAGUUUCGAUGGCAAGUUCAUCUCGCAGUUCGACCUGUCAGAGCGCGGCCAGGAUGUCUGGAACUCGCUGGCUAUUGCGAUCGCGGUCAUGCAUGCGCGCCGCACGAUGAUCCGGUUGGCCGAGGAGGGAGUAGGCGGGUUU